AUGCCACGUAUUAAAACCAAUAGGACAAACCAAGCGCCUGACGGGUUUGAUAAAAUCAAGCCCACUUUGGACGAUUUUGAAUUGAGAUUACGAGAAAUUCAUGAGAAGAAAGAUUCAAGGCUCUCAACUAAAGCCAAUGAAAAUUUAUGGAAAAUAAUACAGAUUAAUCAUGAGAGAUCACAUUACAUUUAUAAGUUGUUCUACAAGAGGAAGGCGAUCUCUCGAGAGUUAUAUGAUUGGUUGUUGAAGGAGAAGUAUGCCGAUAAGUUCCUUAUUGCGAAAUGGAAAAAGAAGGGAUAUGAGAAGUUAUGUUGCUUGAGGUGUAUACAGAGUGAUGAAACAAAUCGUGGGAAGACAUGUAUCUGCAGGGUACCAAGAAUACAGUUAGAGGAAGAUGCUGAAUCUAGGGGUACAGAGGUAACCUUUCAACAAUGUGUUCAUUGUGGCUGUCGUGGCUGCGCCAGUACUGAUUAA